AUGAUGCAGCAGGAUGGUACAAGCAGUUUGGAGGUGAAAGAGAAUCAGGAUGAUAAAAGCCAGGUGGACUGUGACCUCUUACGAAAGUAUCAUCCAUCAACUUUUUACACAAGUUUCCCAAAACAUGGACCAAGACUUCUGAAGAGGAAGUGGUCGCUGGUGGAUGGAAAAGACUGCCUGCUGUACCAAAGCCAUUUGACUUGUAAAAGAGCAGCCUGGGCUGUCACUCAGAAGAAUGCACUGGUGCAGCUGAAUGAGUUGCGACCUGGUCUGCGGUAUGAGCUUAUGUCAAAGACUGGCCCACUGCAUGCUCCAGUGUUUUCUGUAGGUGUGGAGGUAAACGGUUUCCACUUUGAGGGUAGAGGACCGACAAAAAAGCAGGCCAAAAUGAGGGCAGCAGAACUAGCUCUGCAGUCAUUCAUCCAGUUCCCAAAUGCCUCCCAGGCUCAUGCCACCAUGGAGACCUUCACCAGCACUCCUGCAGAUUUCACAGCAGAUGAACUGGACAUCCCUGACGCAUUUCUCAAAGAGUUUGAGCCAUCGCUGCUUAAAAACUGUGAUCUCCUGCACUGCAACACAGCAGAAAAGGAAGUUUUCUCCAGCAUUUACAGGUACAGGCGACUUGUCCGACUCACACUGGACUUUUUCUCAACCAAUCCAAAAAGAAGACCCCUUAGCACCUCAUUCUUAGAGCACCUCAGCCCAGUGGCCCUGCUUAAUGAGCUGCGACCAGGACUCAGGUACAUGUGCCUGACAGAGAGACUUCAUGGCAGGCCAAUGAGGAGUUUUGUCAUGGUGGUUAGGGUGGAAGGGAGGGUCUUUGAAGGAUGUGGUCACAGUAAAAGGCUGGCCAAGGCUCAGGCAGCCGCAGCUGCCCUGCAGUCUAUAUACAAUAUCAGUCUGGGACCAGAGAGGAAGAUCUUGGGCUUCCAGGGCAGCAGGACCCAACAUCAGCUACCUCAGUUCUUCGCAGAGUCGAUUUUCCACCUGGUGAGAGAGAAAUACACAGAGCUGACAGACAGUUCUUUUUCUACCUCACAUGCCCGCCACAAGGUCCUGGCAGGGGUUGUAAUGACCAGAGGAUUUGACCUCAGAUCAGCGCAAGUUGUGUCUCUGGCCACAGGGACUAAGUGUCUGGACUCGGACAACGUGAGUGACCGAGGCAGUACGCUCAGCGACUGCCACGCUGAAGUUGUCAGCCGGAGGGCGCUGGUUCGAUUCCUGUAUGCUCAGCUGGAGCAGCUACUCUGUAAGCCAGAAAACUGUGAGGAACAAUCGAUCUUCAUACCAAAUAAAGGUGAUGGCGGAAGUGGCUUCCGGCUGAGUGACGGUGUCCUCUUCCACAUGUACAUCAGCUCUUCGCCAUGUGGAGAUGCUCGACUCAACUGCCCCUACGAGACCACAGCUGCAUAUCCCAGCAGGAGGUUCCACUGUCAACUCAGGGUGAAGGUGGACGGAGGCGAGGGGACGCUGCCCAUCACGACGCGAACAGCCAAUCAGAAGUGGGAUGGUGUGGCACCGGGUAAACCUCCUGUCACUAUGUCCUGCACAGACAAGAUGGCAAAGUGGAGCGCACUGGGCGUCCAGGGGGCUCUCCUGUCUCACCUGGUUGAGCCGGUUUACCUGCACAGCGUGACGGUAGGGACGCUCAGCCACACGGGUCACCUGGGCCGGGCCAUGGCACGCCGCCUUGCACCAGUCAAGCACCUGCCCUUCCCAUAUCGACGACAGCAGCUGCUGCUCGGCUGUCUGAGCAGCAGCGAGGUUCGGCCGACAGGGAAGGCCCCAAAUGUCAGCGUGAACUGGAGCUUUGGGGACGGAAGCCUGGAGGAGAUCAGCACCUCCACAGGAUGGAGGAGGGACUCAGGGACACCGUCACGGCUCUGCAGGCGCUCCAUGUUCGCCCACUGGCAGAGGCUGCACCAGCAGUUGAAUGGUGAAGAAGCCACUGUAGGGACAUAUUCUGGUUUCAAGAUGGCUGCCGGGCGCUACCAAAGGGCGAUGCAGCAGUUUACCAGCGCUCUACAGGGUGGAGGGCUGGGAACUUGGCUCAGAAAACCUCCAGAACUAGGACACUUCAACAUCAGUGUGUGA